GGAGUAUAAAACCGCCAUAGUCAGCAUUGAUGACACCAUUUUCAGCUCAUACGACGCCAUUGAUACUUUGACGGUUUGAGUGUCUAGAACGUCUUGACGCCAACGAGUAUACCGGUCCUGUGGAGUUGAGCGCGUACCUUAUUGGUGACAACGACGACGUCGUCAUGGGUCAAGGUCCCUCGCUUCCAGGUCCACCGGGGACGAAGUUUCGCGUCAUCGGAGCUGGAAUGUCGCGUACAGGUACCAAGACACUAAACGAAGCCCUGACCAUUCUACUCGAUGGCCCCGUUCACGACUCCGGGAUCCAGUCCCUCGGAGGUCCAGAUAAUCAAAUAAAGGCUUGGCUUGAUAUCAUGGAGCUUGCUCCGAAAGCGCAAACGUUUUCAGAACAGAAAAAGCUUGAUUGGCUUAUCUCCGAAGUACUCGACGGCUACGUUGCAACCAUGGAUUGCCCCGCUGCGACGCUCACCCCUGAGAUCAUGCGGGUCUAUCCUGACGCCAUCGUAAUAGCAACAACCAGAGACCAGGCGUCAUGGUGGAAAAGCAUGAACUAUUUAAAUAGUCUAAUGGGGACAUGGUAUCUUCCAAUUGUGGUUCUAUGGCUACAUAAGUCACAAGUUUAUGGAAUCUGGCGUGAACGGUUCCACCAAAUAAUGAUGUGGCGCUACCAACAGGAGAAAAUCGAAGAGGACACACUUCGCAAGCAUGAGGAACAUUUAAGACAGGUUGUACCUCCAGAGAAGCUAUUCUUUUAUGAAGUCAGCCAAGGAUGGGAACCAUUGUGCAAGAUUCUGAAUGUUCCUGUACCAGAUCGUCCGUUUCCACAUAAUAAUAGUAAAGGAGACGCGGCGCAAACAUUUCGAGACCAUAUAAUAGCGGGUGUACUGUCAUGGGUUUUUAUGCUUAUGGCAAUUAGCAUAGUCAUUUGGUUGGUAAGGAGUUGGAUCGUUCAUCGCCUUGCUUGAACAUCACAGAUAGCCGAAAUUUAUAAUACGUUUGAACCACCCUAAAUUUAGUAAAUAAAGAGAAUG